AUGAAUCGAUUCAGAACCCGCAAGAAGGCCAGGGAAGCCCAAAAUGGGCAGGACGAAAAAGAGGGCCAACCGCUGCCGCUAUUUACAUCCAAAACGUUCAAACGGGCAAAAAAACCGCAAGCAGAGACGACAACAGAGCUGGACCUUUCUUCAGUGCUCCCAUCAUCGGACGAUUUCAGAACAAGUUUACUUAUGCCAAAUCUCUCUGCGCGAUUUAGCAUGUUACGGGAGCAGGACGAUCCGAAUUCUAAAAUUGGGAAGGCCAAUGAUGACAGCGUACUCUUUCCAAAGAGAGCGUCGAGACUGAAUGUCUUUGGCCAACUUAAUAACCCGCUCGGCGACAUCGCAGAAGUAUCCUCGCUUCAUGGAAGUUCAGCUAGGCCAUCUUUUGCGAUUGGCCGUGGUUCAUACGCCUCUGGGGAGGGCUACGCUACUGAUGAUGGCGACUUCUCUCCUGGCGGUAGCAUUAUGAGCAGAUCCCGGCCCGGUGAAGGGAACAAUUUGUUUGGUGGGCGACAAAAAGUUUAUAAAAUACCGGUUGCGUCGACGACGCCAAGAAGUGGAUCGGCUUCAGAAGCUUCAGGGGUCGGCGGCGGGAUGGGGGGUAAAGCGGUGUAUGAGGAUGAUGUUACAUUAUCUGCCUUCCAAAAACUGAGGGCCAAAGAGAAAGAACAGUUGGAACUUGAGUUGGAUAUCCAGCAGAUUAGACAUGAUACGGAAGAUGAGGGUUCCCUGGCUUCUCGGCCAUCUGUCAAUCGUACUUCAACCUCGAAUACUUCGGUUGAUUCUGGUCAGCGCAACUCGGGACAGGGGACAAAUUCUCCAGUCACUUCUAAGUCAGUGUCAGUGUUUUCUCCCACAAAACCCAGUCCCACGUCAACUGGAAUGGAGCGCAAUCCUACGAAGACUCGACGGUACGGCCAAGGCAUUGAAAUCAACACCCAACAAUCCUCCGCCAUUUCGAGACUCGAAAACCUUAGCCGCCAGCGAGCUGGUGCUAAUGACAUUUCGCCAAUAAAUCGAUCUGUGUCAAAGAGCUCAACUAGUUUAAAUGACAAAUUCCAACAUCGCUCGCCAGUAUAUGCUUCUGCAGGUUUCCGCCCUACAAGCCCCCCUCCAUCUGCUUCAACCGUGAUUGGGGAAGCAGUUGAUAGCUCAAAUAAGGGCGAACCGGAGAAACCUACUGGAAACCUGGGUUUUGGCGCCUCGCCACCACUGAGCCCUCCCCUGAGUGAAUCUGAGGAACAAAGAUCAUUAGAGGCCGCACUCCAACCAGAGGAUCGUGGGAAAGCUACGGCUAUGGGCCUUUUCAAUAAACCAGCCACACAAUAUGACGACACCAAAUUUACGCAACGGCAGCUUCAGAUGUACGAGGGUAGAGAUACUCCUCCUUUGCGACGCCGUACUCCAUCACCCGCUGCCCCUGAUAUGGAAUACCCUGCACGUUCGCGCGAAGUUUCCAAUUCAACACAUCGACCGAAGGUAGAUACUUUAGUAUCACAGUACAAUAAUCCCCCAGACGAGCCCCGACACAGCCGAGAAAGGUCUACAGCAAACAGCAGUCGUAGACCAUCGCCAUCGCCUUCAAAACCAAAUAACGGAACCUUUUUGAGCGGAGAUAACGGAAGCGAAGAUGAGCGAGAACCGGCGUUGAAUACCAUGCUUUCAGCGGUUCAGUCACUCGAAAAUAUCCAUCCCGCCUUCAGAUCCAGGAGCAACUCUGGAGACUCCUCGCGGAGCUCUCUCAACAAAGGCUCUCACACUGGUACUCCGGAAUUACGAUAUUCAGAAACCCAUGAUCUCAAUACAAUAGAGGAGAAUGAAGGUUCUGAGGAGAUUGUGGGUGAGGCUCCCGAUUCACCAACACUUGGUCCCUCUGGGUUAGGUUUAAGUGGUCUGGUUCGUACACAUCUCCGACAAGACAGCGACAAUUCGAUCUACCAGCCGCCUUCGCUGGAGGUCUCCAAAAUCAAAGAUAUCGCACGAGAGCUCAAUCCUGCUGUUAAAGCUGCUAGAGACUCUGACCACGCUACCAGCGUUCACAGUAAUCCCUGGGAGUAUGAUGACCUAUAUAAGCCUAUCAGUCCGGCAUCUGACAAGGAACCCACGGUGGAGGUAGGGCAAGCUGACUUCUCCUCUAUGUCAAUGAGAGCGAAGCAAAUCCUAGGGCAGGCGACAGCUUUACGUACGCAGUCGCAGGCACAGGCACCGUCGCCGGCCAACCCCCAGGAUAUAUCAGGUAUCCCACCCUCCAACAAAAUGCGCGAUCAGUCACCUAGGGACCCGAUAACUCGAACUGCGCCGUGGCAAGAGGAACGCAAGCCAGGCCAUCAAAGGUGCGGGAGCUCAGAAACGCAGAAUGAGCGUGAAGAGCUUGCGAAUGAGUUAGCUGAACGACGAAGAAAGGUGCGAGAGAAACUACGAAGCGUCGCAGAGAGCGAAAGCCGAUCGAGCAGUCCAUCUUCUGGCUAUCGUUUCCCAGAUUACGCAUCAAAACACGGUAACGCCUUCGCGAUGCUGAAGAACAAAGCUGGCAGAAACCCCAUGCCCGGUCGUACUGAUGCACCCCAAUCAAAGGCGAUGAAAAUGCUUGGCAUGGACAAUUCUCUCAACUCAUCGUCACCAAUGCUUGCCACGAACGACCCGUGGCUUGAGGAUGAGGAGAGAACCUUCCGUAACCGUGGGAGAGAAUCUCGUUCAGGAUCACCCCAUUUUGGACCUCGGAAUCACAAUCGGCCUUGGCAGCCGCAAGCAAGCACGAUGGGAAGGGUAAGCAACGAUGGAUCCAGAGAGUCGUUUACUGGUGAACCAUCUCCAUCGUCCCACCGGAGCUCUGGUAGGACUCGAUCUGGCUCGGAUGUGUCGGGUCGGUCAAAAAGCCAACCUCGCUAUCAUGAUGAUCUUGGACCCGUAGGGGAACAUACUAUCGGACACUCUGAAGUUCAAGGUGAGGAAUCUAAGCCCUCCAAGGCUUCAGUACCUGUUUCCUUUCCCUCCCGGCCAUCAGAGGAGGUCAGCGACCCUAGGUCUUCUGAGCGAUCUGCAUCUGUGGCCUCUGGGAAUGCCCCACGUCCCUCUCCGAUGACUCCAUAUUCCGCCAAUGCAACACCACCUCUUUACGAAACUUCCCCUGUACACUCUUCCAACCAGACUCCCAUUCUCCUGCCCCCCAUGAACAUCAGUAGCCAACGGAAUCAAGGCCUUGGCAGCUCACAUAAACGAGUGAUAGACAAAUCUAAGAUAUCCGAACCAACAUUUGUCUCCUCAACAUCCAACGUGCCCACAGUUGGUCUCCCGCCAGGAGCCAGUCUCUCCAACGGAUCAACCCCGCCAAUACCACCCAUGAACCCACGACGUAGACGGCAAACAACAACGCAAACGUUCAUAAAUGCGUUUAAGGGCUCCGACAGACACGACCAACCAGCCAUACCUUCUUCAAACCCCGCAAGCCCAAUGGAUGAACAAAAGCAUCAUAACUUUCAUCACAAUCAUCAAAGCGUAUUUUCUGAUGAGGAGAAACGGCCACGGCCGCGGCAAAAAUUACGGAAAAUAUCAAGCGAAGGUGGAAACCUAAAUGCCAAGGCCCGGCAGCAACUUUUGAAUAAUAGCUCACCGGCUUUACCGCAAGUCCCGAAGAAGGUCCCCAUGGAAGGUGGCAUGUUUUGAUAACAUUGUCAUUUACUUGUUGAAUUUCUUUCUGACAUGGGACACAUUUUUGUUGUUUUUCAUUCAUUCUUUUUCUCUUGCUUUUUCUUUUUUUAUUUUAGAAAUCCCAAAGUUACCCAACACUCCACGGCGUACCAUUUAUUUUGAUUUUAUGUCUUGCGAUAUUGAUGUCACGUUUUCAUUUUUUGGGGGGGAAGGGGAAGCUGAGGGAACUACUCCCUCUGGAUAUACCAUUUUGUUGCCAUCUGUCCUUUAAUCGUCCGUCGACCAUUUCUUGUUUACUUCUCAUGUGCUAUACAAUGCUCUACGGGCCUUUUCUUGAUUGUACAAUAUUUUCUUUCUUUUUUUCUUUUCACAGGAGAAAAAAAUAUAUGUUUC